GGCGGCUGGGAGGGCCACGGGUCCGCGUUGUGCCGCCCGGGGCCGGGUGUCCCACCCGUGGCUGUCGCCCCACGGGGGUCUCUCUCCUCCCCGCUGGCCCCGGGUCGCAGCCGCAGCGCGCCGGCAGGGGGGAGGCGGCGGCGACCGCCGGCUACUGAGCACCGACGGGCGGCCGGGGACCCCCGCAGCUCUCGCCAGCCCGAGCUGUCGAGAUUUGGAAUCCUACCUAUGCCUGCCCUCGUGGUUUGACGUUUUGAGAGAUCCCUGCUUGCUAGGCAAUCUUAUCCCGUGCGUGAGUAGGCACAGCAGGAUCCGUGAAGGACGAAGAGACUCCGUGCUUCGUUUCUCUUCCAUUCCUGAUGCGCUGGUUGGGUCCUGGGUGCAGUCGCUCAGCUCAGGAAAUCCAUUUUUGAGCUGCUCGAAGGACAGCCUGGAGAAAUGUCCUUCCUGCCUGACCUGGGCGCCUUCACCAUGGGCAUGUGGUCUGUUGGCCUGGGAGCCAUUGGUGCAGCUGUGACGGGGAUCGUCCUUGCUAACACAGACUUAUUUUUGUCCAAGCCAGAAAAGGCUACACUGGAGUUUUUAGAGGAGAUAGAGCUAAAAACUUUGGGAUCAGAACAAAGGACAUUCAAAGCAGGUGAACUGUGGAAGGAGAAUGGUGCAGUGAUCAUGGCUGUACGAAGACCUGGAUGAUUUUUGUGCAGAGAGGAGGCUUCCGAGCUCUCCUCUCUGAAACCCCAGCUGUCCAAGCUGGGUGUCCCUCUCUAUGCUGUUGUGAAAGAGAAGAUAGGGACUGAAGUAGAGGAUUUUCAGCAUUACUUCAAAGGAGAAAUCUUUCUGGAUGAAAAGAAAGGCUUUUAUGGUCCACGCAGACGAAAAAUGAUGUUGUCAGGCUUCUUCCGCUUGGGAGUUUGGCAAAAUUUCUUCCGUGCUUGGAGAAGUGGAUAUAGUGGAAAUCUGGAAGGAGAAGGAUUCACCCUGGGAGGUGUAUAUGUGAUUGGGGCAGGAAGACAGGGUGUUUUACUGGAACAUCGUGAGAAAGAAUUUGGAGACAAAGUCAGCCUUCCAUCUGUCCUUGAAGCUGCUGAGAAGAUAAAACCACAAGCUUCAUAAGUUGAAAACAGUUGCACAUGUUUCUGAUUAGAGCUUGAAAUGUAGAAUGUAUCCAUGUCCUGAAUGUGUGGUGUAAUUGCUUAACUAUUUAGUGAUCAAAGCACAGGAAAGGUUCUCUAUUCAAACAUAGAAAAUUAUGAAAAUCCUCUUGGGUUGUUUUUGGUUUCCUUAUAGCCUUCCAGGUGGACAGGAUUUCGACUGGUCCUUUGUAUCUGACUGUAUUAAUGAAAGGCUGGGUCUAAAAUCUGACCUAGCCUAGAUGUUCUCAGUCAGAAACAGUCGGUUGAAAACCUGUUUACCUAGGGAAACAAAACUCUUCUAAGGCUGUAGUGAUGCAGUACCAGCUCAGGGGAAAAGAUAAUAAAACUUUACGUAAAUGAAA